UGACGUCACUGCCUGCGCCACACGCCGUAGAUACAGGAAGUGAGACCAAAACAAAGGAGCGCCGGCCGGGAGCGGACCUCCUGGCGCCGGUGUCCCUGCUGCUUCGCCCGCGCCCACCCCGCCGAAGCCGCCCGACCAUGUCCAACAUGGAGAAACAUCUGUUCAACCUGAAGUUCGCGGCCAAAGAACUGAACCGGAGUGCCAAAAAAUGCGACAAGGAAGAAAAGGCCGAAAAGGCCAAAAUUAAAAAGGCCAUUCAGAAGGGCAACAUGGAAGUUGCGAGGAUACACGCCGAAAAUGCCAUCCGCCAGAAGAAUCAAGGGGUGAACUUCUUGAGAAUGAGUGCACGAGUGGAUGCGGUGGCUGCCCGAGUCCAGACGGCAGUGACGAUGGGCAAAGUGACCAAGUCCAUGGCGGGUGUGGUUAAGUCGAUGGACGCGACGUUGAAAAGUAUGAAUCUGGAAAAGAUCUCCGCUCUGAUGGACAAAUUCGAACACCAGUUCGAGACCCUGGACGUCCAGACGCAGCAAAUGGAAGACACGAUGAGCAGCACGACGACGCUGACCACUCCCCAGAACCAAGUGGAUAUGCUGCUCCAGGAAAUGGCAGAUGAGGCGGGCCUCGAUCUCAACAUGGAGCUGCCUCAGGGCCAGACCGGUUCCGUGGGAACGAGCGUGGCUUCGGCUGAGCAAGACGAACUGUCCCAGAGACUGGCCCGCCUUCGGGAUCAAGUCUGACGGCCGAACCGUCCGAGAGUUCCUUUUGACGUGCUCUCUGUGUUUGAGAGAGAUGUCCCAGAAUUGUGCCAGAAUGCCGAACGGUCUUCUAAGAACCUACAGCCUUCUCCAGAUAACGCUAAGAAAUUCCAGUUUUUCUCCACUUCUAACUGGAUUUUAAAGCUCUUUAUAGCUUAUUAUGAUGUGUAUUUUUAUAGCUGCCUUUUAACAGAACUGGUUCAUUUGCUCUACAUUAAUCUAGAAAAAAAAAUCAACAGAACUCUAGCCCUCGUGUAUUCCGUUUUUACUUAGAAUUAUCAGAUUGAAGUUGUUUUUAGUGUGAUUGAUGGUACAGAGACUGGCAAGCGGGGCAUAAAAAUGAAAGGAGAAGGAAUGGGUACUUAGUUUAGCAACAAGUAUGUAAACACUUUGUUCAACUUCGGUGGGAAAUACUCUUUCUGUGUAUCAUCUGUUUUUCUUUGUUUUUGCCGUCAAAGAACGUCUGCAAUUGACUAUUAAUUUAUUCUCAUAACUUAUAUUAAAGUUAUCUUAGAGAUUAUUGCAAAAUACUCUUUACAUUCUGUUAGUUCAUGUAAUAAUGGAGUUUGUGUAACUGGGAAAAAAUGCCAAGUAACUUCAUUCAUUAUCAGGAAAAGUUAAAAAAAUUUUGUUUAUAUUCUAUUUACCAAGAGUUCUUAAGACUUAAACUUAAGAUAAUUUCUAAUUAAGAUAAUCUCUAGUUAUUUUCGAGUGAAAGUCAACCCUUAAUAGACCUCUGAUCAAAAUAAUGUUCGUCAACACAACAGUCCUAUUACAUGCCAAACAUUGCCAAAGAACUGCUGAUUUGGUCCGGCAAAGCCCUGGGACUGUGUAAUUACAGGUUUUGUUUUUUAUUUAAUAACCAAAAAUAUAAAUAAAAUUAGAACAGCAUUUUUAAGUUCUAUUUGUAUGAAUUAUUUUGCCUUAAAGCAACAACUCUUAAAACCUCUAAAAGCAUAACUUAAUGCUAUAGAUGUACACAACUUAAAUGUACAUUUAGCCAGCUAGAAGUUUAGAAUGAAGCAAUGAGCUGGGAUUAGAAGGAGAGAGAGAGGCUGAAAGUAACUGCCUUCCUUUAUAGCCUCUGGUGUAAAGCAAAGCAACUCCCACUUUCUUCUGUCCUCAAAACACAGAGAACAGCUUGUGUUUGCUUGGCACAUAUAUUAACCUAAGUUAAAUACUUAAAAAGUUUGUUUUAUUUAAUUUCCCCUUUUUCUGAGUUUUGUUUUGUUUUUCUGUUAAGAGAAUUCCAGUGUUUCAGACAACAUAGAGCCUCUGUAAAACUCUGAAAAAUUCAUUAUUAUGUGAGUUGUACGGUUUUCCAGGUGAACGAGUGUUUAAUGAACAAAGUGUACACAGAUGAGUACUGGCUCUCACAGUUAAGGAGUGUGUGUGGGUGAGCACAUGUGCACACAUAUAUACAUAGUUUUUUCUUGUCUCCUCUGUGGGACACUUCUAACUACCCAGUGUCCUCUCUCAAAGUUCCCUUAGCAGACACGUGACCUCUCAUAUACACAGUUACGCUAACUCGGGCGUAUGAUGAAUAGAACAUAUGUCUUAAUCUUUUAUCCUGGAAAACCUUGGUUAAGUACAGCUUUAAAACAUAACUCGGUGUUCACUCCUCGGUAAAUUUUAUACUGCAAGCAUUUCCACCAGAUUAUAUUUUAUGAGAUUAAAGAAUGCUAUAUAUGCUUAAAACUU